GUACCACAUGAAGGCCCAAUGUGCGAUUUGCUUUGGAGUGAUCCAGAUGAUAGAUCUGGAUGGGGCAUUUCUCCAAGAGGUGCUGGAUAUACAUUCGGAUAGGAUAUUUCAGAAUAAUUCAAUCACAAUAACAAAUUAAAGAUGAUUGCCAGAGCACAUCAAUUGGUGAUGGAUGGAUAUUCCUUGGCUCACGAGAGAAAUGUAGUCACUAUAUUCUCUGCUCCGAACUAUUGUUAUAGAUGCGGUAAUCAAGCUGGCAUAAUGGAAGUGGAUGAGAAUCUACGUUAAACCUUCAUACAAUUUGAUCCAGCUCCCAGAUCCGAAAAUGAAUCUGUCCCUAAAAGAGUUCCAGAUUAUUUCUUAUGAUUCAUAUAAUAUAAAACAGAAAAGCAUUCAUUAUUUGUUUUU